AUGGGACGUGGUGCAGCUGUGCGUAAUCGUAAACCAAGCUCAACGGACACCGCUGAGCCGUUGGCGGCAAGAAUGCGCGUCCCGAAUAAGAGACCUCGUACGGACCGCGUUAUGGACGAAUUGCUGUUGAACUCGAAUUUGAAGCGGGCAGAUGACGUCACGAAUGGAAUCAUUCGUCCUGUUCAGCCAAUAUUACGCGAAAAACCAACAACUCCGUUCAUCGUGCUACCAGAAGAGGCCAGAUUCGCACCACUUAUUAAGAAAAGUAGAUUUGCAUUAGAUAUAGGAGGGACGUUGGUAAAACUAGUGUACUCGACAGUAUGUGAAGUUGUAGAGAACUCCAAUGGACCAGAAGUUCUCCUCAAUUUCAAGAAGUUCACAUCAAUCGAAGCUUGCCUAGAGUUCAUCAAAAAUGUUGGUGUGAAAGUUGUUGUGGUCAAGUUCCUGCUUGAUGUUCAGUACCCCGUCAUUAUGACAUGA